UAAAAAUCAUAUUGUUAAUGAUUCUAUCUAUUCAGUUUAUCCACUUUUAAAACCUCAGUAAACUAAGUUUUUUGCAGAUUUUCUCAGCUACCCACUUAUAUAAGCUCUACUCUUUAAAAUUUACCUUGUUUCCAAAUUCAAAGAUGCCUCAGUCUAUUCUAAAUUUGAAUCCCAGCAUCGUUACUGGUUAGCUCUGUGAUAGUGGGAAAUAAUAGAAUUUCUCUGAGCUUCAACUUUAUAUCUAUGAAAUUAAGGAUAAAAUAAUCAUACUUCUCUUGCAGGUUGUUAGGAAUUGGUUGAGAUGUUAAUUGCAGAUUGUUGAGCUGUGUCUGGCACUUUUUUUUUUCUUUCUUUUUUUAAUUAGCAUAUAAUGUAUUAUUUGUUUCAGGGGUACAGCACUCACCAUAGCACAUACCCUCCCCAAUGCCUAUCACCCAGCCACCCCAUCCCUCCCACCCCCUUGUGUCUGGCACUUUUUGAGUGCUCAGUGAAUGAUGGCUGCUCUCUUCAUCCUCAUCAUUAUUACCAGUAGUAGCUGCCAUGGUAUUAUAAAUAUAUCAUCAUCAUAAUCAGGUUAAUCAUGGUUAAGAGUCAGGAUCUAGGGUCAGUGAACGUAAAUUUUAACCUUAGCUACAUCGUCUAGUUCCUGUGUAACCUCGGGGUAGCUGGUUAACUCUUCUUAACUCAGCUUCCUCAUCUUGAAAUGUGGAUAAUAAUAUGAUGCUUGGGAGGAAUUAAACAGGAUAAUAUAUGAGAAGUGCUUACAACAGUGCCUAGCACCUAGUAAGUACUCAGUUAAUGGUUGUUCUUAGGUCUCUGGCCUUUCUUGGUCAUCUCUUACCCUCUCUCUUGGUUUCUGUUGUUUUCCCUAUCCCUUAGACCUAAUAACUCAGCUAAGUCUGUAUCAAGCACUCUUACACUAUAUGCCAGUGACUUCUGAAUCUACUUCUCAGGCUUUGACUUUUCUCCCAAGCUCUGUAUUGCUAUAUCUCUAGCUACCUGCUAGGCAUCUUCAUCUAACCCCUGAAAGAUGGUUUUUCUCUGUUCCCUGUCUGUUGAAACAUGAGAAUCCUCUUCGAUUUAUCCCUUGCCAUUAUCACAUACAAAUCCAAGUGGUAACCUAGUUGUGUAAGUUUAUCUGAGAAAUUUUCUUUAAAUUAGUCCCCUCCUUUUUAAUCCCAUCACUACUACCUUUGUUCAGGUCCUUAUAACCUCUUAUCUGACAGUAACUGUCCUGUGGAUUCUCCUUGCUGUCCACUUUCGCUGCAGCUCAUGCUACAUAUUGUUGUCCAUGUCCAUGUUAUCUUCUUAAAAUAAUGGUAUGAUCAAAAUCAUUCACUUUAAAGCUCUUCGUUAAUUUCUACUUGCCCUUAGCACGUUACAGCAGAGGUAGACAGGAAUUGAUCAGAAGGUCAUGUUAAGAAAUUUAAAAUUCAUUGUGAGUUAAGAAACCACUGAAGGAUUUUAAAGAGAGGUGUAACAUCGUCUUAUUUAUAUUUUUCAACUAUAUCUCUUUGCAUUUUUUAUUUUACUAGUUGCUCUAGGGAUUAUAGUAUGCAUCCUCAGCCUACCAUAUCAUCCUUGCUUAGGUAUUACAAUAUUAUCCUUAGAGUUAAUAUUGUGCCACUUUAUAUAAAAUGUAAGAAUCUUGCAACGGUAUAAUGUGGGAUCAAGAUAGUUUUUCUGUAUCUGAAGCAUUCAGAUUUCUCUAUCUCUUGACCCUGGAUAUUCACCCAAGCUGCUCUUAUAUUUCUCAUUUCUUCUCCAACAAACUUCUUGCAUAAAUAUCUACCAUAUUAGCUUCCUCUGCUUUCUUAACAUAUUCUCUGAUGCUUCCCAGUGUAAUUUCUGCUCCAUACACCAUCCCAGUUCUACCAGUGGAAAAAGUUAUCUUAAGUUUAUUUAUUAACCAAUGGCCAGGUUUCAUGCACUCUUGAAUCUAUUAGUGCUCAGUAGUAUCUGACACUGACAACCACUUCUUCCUUCUUGGAAUUCCUUUCCUUUGGCUUUUAUGACACCAGGCUCUCUAAUGUAUGUAGUAUAUUUUUGACUGGAUGCUUGGCCUUUAGUUGAACAAUGAAUGUGUGCAUGACUCCCAUCUUCCAAAUCACAGCACUCUUUCUUUUUAGAGAACUUGUAAAACACUUUGCCUGUAAUAUCUUUAAAAGGUUUCAAGUGGUCUUGAAGCUGGGGUAGGGGUGACUGCAUCUUUCCAGAAGAUGUGGCUGCUCUUGCCUGGUCUGCUUCCCAGCUUCUUUUCUCCUGACUUUGCUUCAUGCCCUGGGUGCCCUGAGGUUCUGACACCACUACCCUCACCACUGCAGCCAUGAUCUUCUUAAUGGACACCCAGAAAAUUGAAAUGGGAUUAACAGGAUAUGGAGUGUUUUUCUUGUCCUUUGGAAUGAUUCUUUUAUUUGACAAAGCACUAUUGGCUGUUGGUAAUGUUUUCUUUGUAGCUGGCUUGGCUUUUGUAAUUGGUUUACAAAGAACAUUCAGAUUCUUCUUCCAAAAACCUAAAAUGAAAGCUAUAGGGUUUUUCCUGGGUGGUGUAUUUGUAGUCCUUGUUGGUUGGCCUUUGAUAGGCAUGAUCUUUGAAAUUUAUGGAUUCUUUCUCAUGUUCAAGGGCUUCUUUCUUAUGGUCAUUGGCUUUAUAGGAAGAUUGCCAGUCUUUGGGUUCCUCUUGAAUCUACCUGGAAUUUGUAGAUAAAGUUGGAGAAAGCAACAAUAUGGUAGAAAGACAAGUGAAUUGGAGACUCAUUUAAAAUAUUAUAUUAUUUAUAAAGUCCUUUGAAGAAUAUUCAGCACAAAAUUAAAUUACAUGAAAUAUAGGUUCUUUACAGAAGUUUAAAAUGUAGAGCCUACCAAGUACCAAUAGCAGUUAACCAGCAGUGAGAACGGUCUUCUAACCAAGUGGUCUCAAGAAGUCAGCGAGCAGACUGAAGGAGUGAAAUCUGUAUUACAAUACAUACUGAAACUCUUGAAGGCGAUUUUUUUUUAUUCUUAUGUUAAUCCCCAUACAUUACAUCAUUAAUUUCAGAUGAAGUGUUCCAUGAUUCAUUGUUUGUGCAUAACACCCAGUGCUCCAUGCAGAAUGUGCCCUCCUCAAUACACACCACCAGGCCAACCCAUCCUCCCACCCCCCUCCCCUCUAGAACCCUGUUUGUUUUUCAGAGUCCAUCGUCUCUCAUGGUUCGUCUACCCCUCCAAUUUCCCCCGCUUCAUUCUUCCCCUCCCGCUACCUUCUUCCUCUUCUUUUUUUUUUUCUUAACAUAUAUUGCAUUAUUUGUUUCAGAGGUACAGAUCUGAGAUUCAACAGUCUUGCACAAUUCACAGCGCUUACGAGAGCACAUACCCUCCCCAGUGUCUAUCACCCAGUCACCCCAUCCCUCCCACCCCACCCCCCACUCCAGCAACCCUCAGUUUGUUUCCUGUGAUUAAGAAUUCCUCAUAUCAGUGAGAUCAUAUGAUACAUGUCUUUCUCUGUUUGACUUAUUUCGCUCAACAUAAUACCCUCCAGUUCCAUCCACGUCGUUGCAAAUGGCAAGAUCUCAUUCCUUUUGAUGGCUGCAUAAUAUUCCAUUGUAUAUAUAUACCACAUUUGAAGGCGAUUUUUAAUGGUUUUUCUGCAGUGUGGGAAAUACAGCCAGCCUUGGAGAACUGUGGUGUCUGUUUCUUUCCUUUUUCUUUUGAAAAUGCAGGAACAUCCAUAGGCAUUUGCUUUUUUAGAAAUAUCCACUGGAAUGGCAAAAAUAUUUCCAUUUGCAUUGUCUCUAAAAGUAAUACAUGAGUUAGAUUGGAUGAUGUCAUUUUAAUCUAUUAAAACCAAGGAAAACCCAGUUUGAUGUAUGAAUGACUUUUUUUUUUUUUUGGUAAACAUAGGGUUAAAAUUUUUUAAAUUGCUCAAAAUUUUUUUAAAUAACGAGGGAAUAAAAUGUACUCAGUUACCUGUAUUCAUACUCUAUCCUUAACGCUAUUACUUCACUUAUAGCCUAUUUUUACUAUAAAGGAUCUUUUUUAAAGCUUUAAACUCCUUUCUUGGUUUGUCAUUUGAUGUGUGACAUAGUAAUGGUUUGCACUCUUGGGUUUACAGAUUCUGCUCUUUUUAUAUCCCAGACACAUCUCAUAUGAACACAGUCUCAUAUGAAGAAGUCCAAAUUGACUUCCCCCACACCCCACCCUAGUUAGCUGUUCCUCCUUUGCAUUCCCUGUCAUAGAGAUUAGCACCACAUAUACUCGGGUUACUUAAGCCAGUGGCCAGAGUUAUCCUUGAUUCUUCCUUCUCCCUAAUUCUCCCCAUCAAGUGUUUACAAACACAACUUAAUUUUUGUUUCCACGUUGUUGCUUUUAUCUGUCUGUGUGCCACCACCAUGAUUACUUCAUUCCCCCUACUGUUUUAACUAAAGUCCUCAAUGUUUCUCAUCUGGAUUGUUAAAUUCAUUUUUAUCUUCUUCAUUCCAUUCCAUUCUCCAGAUGAUUACUGGAAUUAUUGUUCUAAAAGGCAAAUAUGACUACUUUGCUCCCUUGCUUAAAAAUUCUUUAGGUCGAGGUGCCUGGGUGGCUCAGUCGGUUAAGCGUCUGGCUCUUGAUUUCAGCUCAGAUCAUGAUCUCAGGGUCGUGAGAUUAAGGCCCACGUCAGUUCCACACUCAGCACUGAAUCUGCUUGUCUCUCUCCCUCUGCUCCUCCCUGCAUGCAUGCACGCACGCACGCUCUCUCUCAAAUAAACAAAUAAAUAAAAUCUUUUUCUCAGUCUUUAGGCAGAAUUCAAAUUCUCUGUUCAGUCCCAGCCUAACUGCUUUCCUGUCUUCCUACAUGCUGUUCUGCCUGGAAGGCAUUUCCUGCCCAACCUUGCCUACCUGCUUAAUUCUCAUUAAUCCUUUGAAACUAAAAUUUAGGUAUCAUCUCCUUUGGAAAACUUACCCUAUUUUCCCCAUUACCCAUGCCUGUUAACAUGAAUACAAAAUACUUGCUCUCUUUUCUCUCUUUCUCCAAGUCUAGGUUAGGUGUUUUAGUGUUUACCAUACUUUUAUAUUUAUUUAUCUCCCCACUAAUCUAUGAAAUCUUUAAAGACGGAGAAUUUACAUUUUUACAUUUUAUCUUUGUGUGUCUAACAUGGUUGACCAACUAACUACAUUUGAAUCAACCUAAAUUUUUACAUUUUAGCUGUGUUAAGAUCUCUGAGGAGGGGGCGCCUGGGUGGCUCAGUCGUUAAGCGUCUGCCUUUGGCUCGGGUCAUGAUCCCAGGGUCCUGGGAUCGAGCCCCGCAUCGGGCUCCCUGCUCGGUGGGGAGCCUGCUUCUCCCUCUCCCACUCCCCCUGCUUGUGUUCCCUCUCUCGCUGUCUCUCUCUGUGUCAAAUAAAUAAAUAAAAUCUUUAAAAAAAAAAAAAAAAGAUCUCUGAGGCGGGGCGCCUGGGUGGCUCAGUCGUUAAGCGUCUGCCUUCGGCUCAGGUCAUGUGGGAUCAAGCCCUGCAUUGGGCUCCCUGCUCAGCGGGAAGCCUGCUUCUCCCUCUCCCACCCCCCCUGCUUGUGUUCCCUCUCUCACUGUCUCUCUGUCAAAUAAAUAAAUAAAUAAAAUCUUAAAAAAAAAAAAAAAAGAUCUCUGAGGAAAAAAUUUCACAAAUCACUUUAUAAAUAUUUGAUUGUCCAUACUGGAAAAAAAAAAGCAAACCGAGAAAAAAACGUAAACAAAUGAACAAACAAAAAUCCUAACCCUUAAUAUUCUAGGUAAAGAUUAAUAAUAUUGCUAGUAGAGUAGUAGUUAAAAACUUGGCAUGGUUCAGAUUCAGGUUCUGCCGCUUCUAUCUAUAGCGUAGGGAAAGUUUCUUGACUUCUCUGUGCCCAGCCUUCCUCAUCUAUAAAAUGAUUAUAGUAAAAGUAGAGUCAGUUCUGCUAUAAUGCUUAUUUUGAUAACAUGAAUUUGUUCCAACACGAUUGGUAUACUAGGGAACAAUUUGAGUAUAAUGUGAAUUUUGCAUUUGCUUAUGUUUGAUUUUUAUCAGUGGAAAACUGACCUAGUUAAGUACAUAUACAAACACUUCAGAUGUGUACCAGCUUCCUCAAUUCACUGUAUGUUAUGAACCACACAUAUCGUAUCUGGUGUUAAAAUUUUUCAUCUGAUUUUCAAAUAACCCUCCUUCUACUUCUACCACUUCCCAGUAACUCACAAGCUGCAACUAUUUGACACUUCUGUAAGCAACCUCAGGUCUUUUCCAAGGUUAAGUACCAUCUUUAUUGUAGCAUUUCUAAAUUUCUUUAUUAUUUAAAAUGCAUAAAUCUGCUGUCAUUUUUAUGAGGUUUUUAUUUUUUGUGUGUGUCAUUGAUGAAGUGUUUCAGUGUUGGAUCCCUAGCUCUGUUUCCCCAUAAGUCCUGUGGUUUUUUGUUGUGCGAUUUUGCCUAGUAGGGUGAUUUUUGAGAAUGCAUAUGUCAGCUUAUAGCAGAACUCUUAACAAAGUAGUUGUGAGAAUUAAGUGAUUUAUUACACGUGAAGCACCAACAAUGAUGCUUAACCUAAUAAAAACCUAAUAUUAUCCAAUCUCAUCAUUAUUAUUCUUAUUGGAAUAACUUAUUCUUAUUAAAACAUUAUGGUAAUAAGCAAUAUUGAUGGAAUUUUCCUCUAUAUACCAUAUGUCUUAGACAUUGUUAAAAGAUACUCAGAUACUAUGAUUUGUAAACUGUUUAUUAGCCUACUAGAGAUAUAUUAGUUAUAUAUAUAAUUAGUUGAUUAGUGGAUAUAUAUAGUAAUUGAUGUGGAUAUUAGUUGAAUGGCCCCAAGUGUGAUAAAAUGUAAUUAAGUGUCUGUCCUCCUGAAAUAAAAUUUAUGAAGGUUUUGGUAUAUAUCCUUUUCAUUUGUUGAGUACUCAUACAUUUACCUAAGUAUGUGAUCUGAUUCAUACUUUGGGCUAUUU